AUGGUUCAAUCUGCAGGAGUUCCACAGCUUUCAGAUAAUCAGGCUCCGCCAGGGAGACCCAGCUCGGCUACAGAGACAGACGUGAAUCUGAUUCACAAUACCCAGGCACCACCACCGCCCAAGGAAAGUGGCCCAAAUAAGAGGAGGAAAGCGAGAGUGAGGGGAAACAGCACCAGGCCCAAGAAGAGAAUGACGGACAGCAGGGGUGUUAGUGAUAGACCACUAGUGGAGAAGCAGGGGGUGUGUGAUGAGGGAAGCCCCUUACCUCCACCCCUCCGUAUCUCUUUAAAAAGCCUGUUGGCGGCGGAGAUGAAGCUAGUGUAUGGUGACGAGCAGCACAACAUUACCCAGCAGCCCUCCAAGUCCCCAGUCACCUCCUCGGCUUCACAAUUUAUGUGUCAAGCCUCUGAAAUAGUAGGUCCUCCAAGUGGACCUAAUCUCGGCUUUCUGCCUCAAAUUGACAAAUGGCUGGAUGUAGCCUUACAGGAUGCCGACUCAUACUACCAACAGAAGAAAUAUGGGAUCGCAGCCAGUCGUUUUACCACAGCUCUGGAGCUGUGUUCAAAAGGCGCUGCAGUUGAACAAUCUUUGCAUGCGAUGUAUGAAGACAUUUCUAAGGUUGCCAGUUUGAUUGAGUCCAGACUUGUUGCCUGUUACCUGAGACUGAAGAGACCGAAGAUAGCCCUCAACCACUCCCACAGAGCCAUCCAGCUAAACCCCAUCUAUUUCCGCCACCAUCUGCGCCAGGCCAUGGUGUAUCGACUGCUGGGGAACCCAUGUGCCGCGGCGAGGAGUGCCAUGAUUGCUGACUGGGUGUACUGGCUGUCCGGGGGCUCAGAUGAACACAUAAGCAAGCUCAUCAAACUGUAUUGGCAGGCUCUGUUGGACGAGGCGAUCAUCAUGGAGGAUGGUUUCUCUGUCAUGUACACCCCAUGCUCUGCUGGGGACUCCGUGGGGGAUUGCAUCGCCAAGGCUGAGGAGACCUUCAGGAAACAGAACCCUGCCUUCACAGACUACCUGUUCACAGACCCCAGUGGAGGUCACCUGCUGCCCCAGACCACAGACUGGAGCAAUCCCCCGUCCACCCAGCAGAAAUACGUCCUCACCCUGGGCUUCAGGAGGGGACAGGACGGCAGCUUCCUCAGCAAACUCACCAGCAGGACCUGCCCCUCUUUUACGGGACCCAGAGCCUCAUUCAGCUCCAGUAGCCCAGAGGACAUGGAGCGGGUGUGUGACACGUUCAGCAGGAGGAUCCUACCAGCCUUAGAUUUUAUUAAGUGCACCAAACUAGCUGUGGGUAUACGUUUACAUGCUUUGAGUGGAGGAAAACAAAACGGCAGCAGUAUUAACAGACGGCUAGGCAGCAGCGUUAAGAGACGGCUAGGCAGCAGCGUUAAGAGACGGCUAGGCAGCAGCGUUACCAGACGGCUAGGCAGCAGCGUUAAGAGACGGCAAGGCAGCAGCGUUAAGAGACGGCUAGGCAGCAGCGUUAAGAGACGGCUAGGCAGCAGCGUUAAGAGACGGCUAGGCAGCAGCGUUAAGAGACGGCAAGGCAGCAGCGUUAAGAGACGGCAAGGCAGCAGCGUUAAGAGACGGCAAGGCAGCAGCGUUAAGAGACGGCAAGGCAGCAGCGUUAAGAGACGGCAAGGCAGCAGCGUUAAGAGACGGCAAGGCAGCAGCGUUAAGAGACGGCAAGGCAGCAGCGUUAAGAGACGGCAAGGCAGCAGCGUUAAGAGACGGCAAGGCAUGAGACGGCUAGGCAGCACUGUGUAUUUGGCUAAGGUGUAUGUAAACGUCCGACUUCAGCUGUUUGAAAAAUGUGUGAUCAGUGAUCAACAGGGCCGAGUGAAAAGAGAGAAGGGGGUGUGGUUUACAAGUUUUAUUUUUCCCAUGUUUCCUUGUUUCACACAUGCUGUGUUUGUUCCAAGACAACAGGCAGGUUUUUCCCCAGGGUCUGGGCUUGUGGAGAGGCUGCAGUAUGCUGGCUACCUGGGACAGAUCCAACGCAGCAGGGAGCAGACCGUCAUCCUCCACCAGGCACUGGCUGAGCUCGCUGUCGCCCCCUACCUGCAGGACCUCAGCCACACAGAGACCUCACUGCUGCAGGCUCUAAUGGCAGACACCAUGGACACCCUUGAAGGAAGGCGGACUGAUAGAGAACGUGUGUGGAAUGAAAUGCAAAAGGUGGGGAUGUUGGAGGAUCUGUUGUUCCAACUGGAGGAGACCUAUCUGAAGAACAAGGCUCAGAGGGCCAGUAGGAAGCAGAGGGCCGGGGUCCAGGGGGCAGAGGGGAAAGCCAGAGGAAGACCCAAAGCCGGGGUCAAAAUAGAAGCCAAAGGAGGGGGUACAGUGGUGACGGACAAGGCCAAAGUCCGUCCCACUGAAACCCAGCAGGAGACAGCAGUAGCACCAAUGACCUUACCAGACCCAUGAUCUGCAGGCCAGGACAGUGGAGGCCCAAAGUCGUCGUCCUCCUCAAAAUGAAUGGACACCCUCCUCUCACAAAGCCUCAUCUUCAGUCCCAGCAUCUUUCACACCAUUACUCUAGGCUGGCAGAAAUAAAUGGACACUGCAGCCUUGCUUUCACUCUGAUUUAGGGUCUGUUUUUAACACUCCUCCUUGUUUACUCGUUAAGAUAGCGUCUCUAGCCCCACUUCUAGAUGAAAGACCUAGCUGAUUCAAACGUGUGGGAGUGUUCAAUGUAUACACAAUGAGAUGUUUUCAUGUUUAAACUCGCUAAUUUAUGAUUGUUCAUGCAAGUUGUAAUAUGACAGAUGGUUUGUAAACACAAACAAAUCCAUAUGGGUUUUUUUCCACUCAAUCCUUAGGAGGAAAAGAAAGGUGAUUGAAAUAAAACAAACAUGCUUCCUCCUGAAGUAGCUAGCUGGAAACCGCAGCAUACACACUUUGUCUACAGUAUGAUGACCAUGUUACUACAGUCUGGAGUAUCACAGUCAUUUCAAUGCCAAAUGUGCAGUUCGGGGAUUGAUCGGGCAGGGCAAAACCUUGUGAGUGAACACAAUCAGUGGGGCCCUCGUCACUCACGUGCCCACGGCUGAUCCAUCAACUGGCCGGUCAGCACCGGCUUCCCAAAGUAGUUCCUCUGAGACAGCCAAUCAGAGGCGCUCUGUGCUAUCGACAGCUGCUUUCUCUCUCCUGUUAUCUACUCUCUCUGGGAAAACAAAGGCUGGUCUCUCUCUUUUUCCUUACUACUGCUGAAUAAUCCACAUUUCCCUAUUUGAGGAUUCAUUCAGGGUUCCUACUCUACAGUACAGUGUUUAUCUCUAUCUCUCUCUCAUCCCACCCUCCAUCUGUCUCUUGCUUCCUCCGUUUCCAUUCAGAUGGGUGCUUAAUACCUUGGGGAUUCUGUUGACACCCGAGUCGGCAUAAGCAAUGUUGUGAUCAGCAAUAUGGGCAUGAAUUAUUUUAUUUGCUGAAUAAAUUAAUGACAUUUAUUGAGUGGUCGGGGAGAGAAAACGUUGGCAUAGGUACUCUAUUGGCAUCUUUAAAAGAUUAGUUAUGCCCGGUGCAGUUUCCAAUUGGUAAAUAAUUAUUAUAAUCCAUGCAUAUUUAAUGAACACAUUGAAGGCCAUAGCCUUGUUUUUCACUUUUGUGUAAAGCUCUUUAUAUGAAAAUGGUUAGAAUGGCGAUAUAGGAAUGCUAAUGUGGUUAGUUAUUUUUUUUGUGUUUUAAUUAGUGCACUGUUUUGCAGUGUUGCCUCACUGCCUGUUGUUGCCCCACUGCCUGUUGUUGCCUCACUGUUGCUAACACAGUUUUGUGGCACACUUGACAUGGGUUCACACUGAUGCCUGGUUCAGAAUUGGUCAGUUGAUGUCUAUUAGCUGCUGGAGUUGAUGUAGAGUGGAAGAGGUCAUGGAGUCUACUGAGUAGAAUGGAACUGUCAUGGCGAUGGUGUGGUCACGUUUUUCACCGUUUUUACUAAUUGGUGUGCGAGCAUCAAGUACCAAAUGUAAUUAUUUGUUGUUGAAUGAAGAACCACGUCUUGACAGACCAGGGCCCGGUUUCCCGAUAGCGAUGGAACUUAUUCUUACAAGUGUUUUACGAUGCAUCUUUCAUAUAUUUUAAAACAUAUAUUAUUAGCCCAUCCAACACACCCCCUCUUCAGAUGACAAAAUAGCUUUUUAAGUUUUUACAGCUUUUUUGUUACGUGUGUGUAUGUAUAUAUGUAUACACACACACACACACACACACACACUACCGUUCAAAGGUUUGGGGUCACUUAGAAAUGUCCUUGUAUUUGAAAGAAAAGCAAAAAAGAAUUGUCCAUUAUAACAUCAAAUUGAUAGAAAUACAGUGUAGACAUUGUUAAUGUUGUAAAUGACUAUUGUACCUGGAAAUGGCUGAUUUUUAAUAUCUACAUAGACCCAUUACCAGCAACCAUCACUCCUGUGUUCCAAUGGCACGUUGUGUUAGCUAAUCCAAGUUUAUCAUUUUAAAUGGCUAAUUGAUCAUGAGAACCCUUUUGCAAUUAUGUUAGUACAGCUGUAAACUGUUGUUUUGAUUAAAGAAGCAAUAACACUGGCCUUCUUUAGACUAGUUGAGUAUCUGGAGCAUCAUCAUUUGUCGGUUCAAUUACAGGCUCAAAAUGGCCAGAAACAAAUCACUUUCUUCUGAAAGUUGUCAGCCUAUUCUUGUUCUGAGAAAUGAAGGCUAUUCCAUGUGAGAAAUUGCCACGAAACUGAAGAUCUUGUACAAUACUGUGUACUAGACCCGUCACAGAACAGCGCAAACUGGUUCUAACCAGAGAGGAGUGGGAGGCCCCGGUGCACAACUGAGCAAGAGGACAAGUACAUUAGUCUGUAGUUUGAGAAACAGAUGCCUCACAAGUCCUCAACUGGCAGCUUCAUUAGAUAGUACCCGCAAAACACCAGUCUCAAAGUCAACAGUUCCUCUGUCCAGUGCCUGUGUUGUUCUGCCCAUAAUCUUUUAUUUUUAUUGGCCAGUCUGAGAUGUGGCUUUUUCUUUGAAACUCUGCCUAGAAGGUCAGCAUCCUUGAGUCGCCUCUUCACUGUUGACGUUGAGACUUUUGCGGGUACUGUUUAAUGAAGCUGCCAAUGAACCUGCCAGUUGAGGACUUGUGAGGUGCCUGUUUCUCAAACUAGACACUCUAAUGUACUGUACUUGUCCUCUUGCACCAGUAAAGCACCAUCACACCUCCUCCUCCAUGCUUCACGGUGGGAAACACAUGCAGAGAUCAUCCAUUCACCGACUCAGCGUCUCAUUUGGAAUCAUACCAAAGCAGUGGAGGUUCUAGAUUGUAUGGCUCCCUG